GCUUCACCUCUGUCCUUCAAACCACCAGACAACAACAACAAGAACAACAACAACGACAACGACAACGUCACAAUUGCCCAUGUCGUUCAACCAAUAGCCUGCACAUCUAGACCAUGUCCUCGAAAUCGCGCUGGGCCAACGACGAUGACCCAGAGACGGAGGCCAUCCUCGCCCAACGCAAACGCGAAAAGGAAGAGAAACGACGCGCCAAAGCCGAGAAACAACGUCAGCUAGAAGAACAGCAGCAACAACAACAGGCCAAACUUCAGGCUCAAUCGCAAGAUCCCAAUUUCACGCAGACCGACGCGCCUCCACCCUCCAAGCGUCGCCGCCUCUCCAACGACCACGACCCAGCCCGACAAUCCCCGCAACCAUCCAAACCCAACACCUCCGACCCUCAGACCACCGCCGAAGGGAACAACCUCCUCACACUCCCAACCUCCGAAUGGGGCCCCUGUCGCCAUGUCGACAACUUCGAGCGCCUCAACCACAUCGAAGAAGGCAGUUACGGCUUCGUCAGCCGCGCCAAGGACAUCACGACCGGCGAGAUCGUGGCGCUCAAGAAACUCAAGCUGGAGCCCACCUCCCCGGAGGGAUUCCCGGUGACGGGGCUCCGAGAGAUCCAGACCUUAUUCGAAGCCCGACAUCAGAACAUCAUCGAACUACGGGAAGUAGUGAUGGGGACCAAGAUGGAUGAAGUCUACCUAGUCAUGCCCUUCGUCGAACACGACCUCAAGACCCUCCUCGACGACAUGCGCGAGCCCUUCCUCCCGUCCGAGACCAAAACCCUGCUCCUCCAGAUCAUCUCGGGGCUCGAAUUCCUCCACGCGCAGUGGAUCAUGCACCGCGACCUCAAGACCUCGAACCUGCUGAUGAACAACCGCGGCGAGAUCAAGAUCGCCGACUUCGGCAUGGCGCGCUCCUACGGCGACCCCCCGCCGCCCAAGCUGACCCAGCUGGUCGUCACCCUCUGGUACCGCGCCCCGGAGCUGCUGCUGGGCGCCGACCGGUACGGCCCGGAGAUCGACCUGUGGAGCAUCGGGUGUAUCUUCGGGGAGCUGCUGGGCAAGGAGCCCCUGCUGCAGGGCAAGAAUGAGGUCGAUCAGGUGUCCAAGGUAUGAAUCAUUGCUUGCCCACCUUCAUUCAUUCUACCAAAAAAAAAAUGAAAAGAAAAAGCAAGAAGUUGACGACGGUCCAAAUAGAUCUUCGCCUUAACCGGGCCCCCAACCACCCAAAUGUGGCCUGAAUUCCG